CUAGCGAUCCACAGCUAAUGAAUUUAAACUGACUUGCCUCCACUUAGUUUGGGGAUUCUGCCGAUUUUGUUGGUUAUUUCUGCAGUGAGGGUCCCAAAGUCCUGUUCGUACGCUUCAAAGUCUGAAGACAUUGUGGAGUGGUACUGAUGUGAUUCUUGUGGGACACAUGAGGAAGGUUCCUUCUCAUCCACUGAAGAGGUGAAAGAAAAAACCAAGGAAGUGGCCAGAUGGAGAAUUUGAGUCUGUCACAAGGAUAGCGUGCUCCCAGUAUUGGCACGAAAGGAUGCUGCUGUUCUCCAGCGCAAGGAACAAUGGGACACAGAAAGCCCCUGUGACUCACAACCCAGCCAGCCGCUGGGUACUCAGAAGACGAGAAAAAAGAUGUACAUUGUCUGCACUGAUGAUUCUGCAAGAUAGCAGUGGGAAAAAAGCAACACAUUGAGGCUGUGUCAUUACAUUUCAGGAACUCACCAGCCAAAAAAAAAAAAAAAAAAAAAAAAAAAACCUGCUUUUAAACUUCUAAAAAAAAAUGAACUUCCUGUCAGCCUUUGUGACAUUUGAGAACCUCCAUGAGGUUCGGCGAUUGUGCCACUGGGGUCCAGUGAUAGCCCUGUCUGUCAUUGCUGUGUGCUCCUCCAUGGCCAUUCUGGAUUCAAUCAUCUGGUACUGGCCAUUAGACACAACAGGAGGCAGCAUUAACUUCAUCAUGCUCAUCAACUGGACCGUCCUCAUCCUCUACAACUACUUCAAUGCUAUGUUUGUUGGACCUGGCUACAUUCCCCUUGGCUGGAAACCAGAGAAUCAACAAGAUUAUCAGUACCUACAGUUCUGCAGAGUGUGUCAAGGGUACAAGGCUCCCAGAUCCCACCACUGCCGCAAGUGUAACAGGUGUGUGAUGAAGAUGGACCACCACUGCCCCUGGAUCAACAACUGCUGCGGCCACCAGAAUCACGCCUACUUUACCAGCUUCCUGCUGCUGGCUCCGCUGGGCUGCUCACAUGCUGCCAUCAUCUUCAUCAUGACCAUGUACACUCAGCUCUAUGAGAGGAUCUCAUUUGGCUGGAGCACUGUGAAGAUUGACAUGAGUGCUGUGCGCCGUUUCCAGCCCCUCAUGCCCUUCAGUGUUCCUGCCUUUGCUGCCACGCUCUUUGCCUUAGGCUUGGCACUGGGCACCACCAUUGCUGUUGGCAUGCUUUUCUUCAUACAGAUGAAAGUCAUCCUUCGAAAUAAGACCUCGAUCGAGGCCUGGAUCGAGGAAAAGGCCAAAGACAGAAUCCAGUACUACCAAACAGAGGAGGAAUUCAUCUUCCCCUAUGACCUCGGCAGCCGCUGGCAGAAUUUCAAGCAAGUCUUCACCUGGUCAGGAACACCCAAGGGUGAUGGCAUUGAAUGGCCAGUUCAUCCCAAGUGUCACCAGCACACCUUAACUAUUGAGCAACUGAAGCAGAAAGCCGACAAGCGAGUGAGAAGCCAGGUCCAGUAUCGGGCAGUGGAGGACUACAACGGAGCCUGCUGCCCUCUCAGCAAAGGUGUCCACACUUUCUUCAGAACCCCCUGCACCGAAGAGCCCAGGAUCCCACUCAGCAAAGGGGACACCAUCCUGGCCACCCGCGGCACCAAAUGGUGGAUGUACGGAGAUAAAGUUUUACGCGAGGAGCAAAUGAAAGCGGGGGAGCGUAUAAGAGGGUGGUUCCCAAGGCGAUGUGUGGAGAAGUGCCAUUAUGAUACAGCUGCCAGUGAUACCACCAGCGAGAAGAAACUGAAUUAAUAUAUUUCAGCAGGCUUUACAUGGGACAUGGGAGUUAAACUAAACACAAGGACCAGUUGUGGCUGCUUGUGCGCACACUGGGUAGACCAUAGGCCUAUCCCUAACAGAUGUCAUGCAUGUAACCUUUACUUCACAUUUUGUUUAGAAGUGGUCAUACAGUUCAAUGCCACCUUGAAAUAGUUCUCUGAAUUGGUUCAUUGCUGUUAAAAGGUUAGUUUCACACUUUGACAAAGCCUUGGUGAGGAUUACUCGCAGGCUACGUACCCCUAGUAUUUGUUUAUUUGUUUGACUGGUCCUGUUGGUUUAGUUUGACUCCUCUGACCAAAAGUCAAACCCAGCAAGAGUCUUAAUUUCCAAGAGCUGCCACAAGGCUUUAAUGUGACUUCAUUUUGAUUAGAUGAUGUUUUACUUGAAUCCGUUGUUUUUACUUGUGUUGAUGUCAUUUUUGCUAAUUAUGCAAUGCCUCUGCCCAGCUAACCCUAGGGCUUCGUCAUGCAACUCUUUCUACAGUUAUGAAGAUAACACUUGAUUUCUUUUUAUUAUUUUUGUAAGACAAAUUCUUGGCCUCGAAGUAAAAAUCAACAAAAUGUAAAAAU